AUGUGGGGGAAGAAUCCUUUUCAUCGAUCGCGGAAGCCGGUCAUCGGAAAUCCCACCUUGAUCGACAAGACGCUGGACGAUACUGUUUAUCAAUCCUGGUCCCGUGCCCCCGGCUCUCAGAGCACCGAUAAACGUUCCCUGGCUUCUCGAGGCAACCAAGCGAACUCGCUCGUUCCUACUCAACACCCGUACUCAGAUCGCAGGGCCGUUUCUUCAUCCAAAGCCCCAAGCAUCGCUCCCAGCAUCGCUUCUGACGAUCUAUUUGAUCAUCGCUCGGUCAGCUUAACGGAUCUGCCUCUCCAGACAGGCAGCCUCGGCCACGAUCUCAGUCGGCCCAGCAGUGUUGACAUCUCCCCUCCCGACUCACCCAUCUCCCUGAGCCGACCACCACUUAGUCGCGGAAGCUCCCGUGUCUCCCCCAUAGAGGACGACUCCAAGCCGGAUCUUGGCAUCAACUCAAUGGAUAAGAAGGAAACCUCCAAAUUCAACAGUCAUCUGCCAGUGCGCACAGCUGCUGCUCGAUCGGCCGACUGUUCACCCGCAACAAACCCGUCCUCGAAGGGAUACGCAGCCAGGCAGGACAACUUUUCGAGAGGUUCGACGUCAAGCCAUUCUGGCGGGUUUGGACAACAAAUCUCCGGCAGUGUCUCAUUCCGGACCGAUAUUGCCACGCCUCCGUCAUCUAAUGGUUCAACUGGUCUUGGAUGGGGCACGGAAAGUGCCCGGAAACCGCCCUCGGAGCCACGCAUGCGCGAGCCUUGGAAGGGACCCAGUGGACGAUCGCCAAUAGUGAAUCCUAUCCAAGAGCGGCCCAGAGGGAACACGAUCCGUAGCUAUGACCAAAUGAGAGCACGCAAUGGCUCAGCCUCCGACUUGGCAGCGUGUGGUAUUAUUCCUACUGUGGUGACCACAAUUACGGCCGGGGAUCCUCGACCAACGGACAGACAUCAUGGCACAAGCAGGAGCAACCCCCGUACUAGGACACCUGAAGCCCCCACUCCGACUAUUCGUAGCAGCAACCGCGCACCACCUCGGGUUGAGCUCCCAGAACCGGAAGCGGACUGGGAAUCCGCGUUGAUGGACCUCAAAUUGACCACCCACGAAAUGGUUGAAGAACCUACAAGUCGCUUCAGCGCAACCACUUACGAACCUACAGAGAUAGGCAGCUCGAUAGGGAGCAGGCGCAACAGUAUUGAUACCGUUGCUGAUACCGCAUCUGUGUCCACGGAGUGUCAAAUGUCCAUCAUGUCUCGAAGCAGACCAGUACCGAGCAUAGUUGCUCCCGGGAAGAAGCCGACUAGGAAGCCCACACCUUCUCAAACCGCUGUGGAGGCGGAGACUGCCAAGGAAUCCCCCACGAUCACUCCGCAGCAACAGAACCAAAACCGUAUCGAAGCGCUCGAAGCCCGCAAGGAGACCCUCGCUCGUCGCAAAGCAAAUAUCAACACGAUCAUCUAUGAGUUGACUCAAGUGAUUCAGCCGAGCUCUGUCGCCUACGACAUGGCCGCCAGGGAUGAGGUGAAGAAAACCGUUGCCAGUCUUGAAAGCGAACUUGCUGAAAUCAGGAGGGAGGAGCAUGAGAUUGGCGUGAAGUUGCUCAAGGCUUGGAAGAAGCGCGAUGAGCUUGACUGUUAUGGUGGAGGCUCUGGCCUUUGGGUCAGUCGAGUAACCAGUUGA